AUGACGGGUCGUCCUAUAAUACAGAAUGUCACAUGGCCGACAGUCCCUGCGGUUCGUAGUAAGGAUAUUGCUUGGGUAACGCAGACCCACCACGUUCGCCCAACUCCCCGACCAAUUGAGCAUAUUAGACAAACACAAUCUAGAACUGAGCACGAAAUUCCAACUGUUCCAACUACUUGGACUAUAGAAGAAUUUUAUAUUCCAGAAAUCGAAAAACCAUGUGAUGGGUAUCCAAUUCAAAACACAUUUUCUCUCAACUGUAAAUCUAAAACUAACUUGUGGGUAUUUGUUCCAGUAAAAGUUGUUCAUGUCCGACAUGGUGACGUAAAAUAUACUAACUAUAAAGUUGAUGAAGACGGUAGGUAUUCCGAUGAAGAUAUAUAUUCAACUGGAGAAUGGAUUGAAUUCUUUAAUGGAAAGCCGUUAAAGAAACGCCCAGAAAUCGGCAAAUGUAGAAAUGACAAAUCAGGUUUGGUAAAAGUGCGAGUGACCUCAAUUGGACUUAGUUAUGAUGGUACAUACCGAGACCACGUGUUCGUUGAUAAUAGACAACCGGUAACAGAAGCAAUUACCUUUAUAGCCGUAAAAGACCCGGAUAUGAACCCAACCAAAGUACUUUUUACGGCUGUAGAUCAGUGUGGGAUAUCCUGUCGGGCUUAUUGUCGCCGAACUAGAAGAUCAGGCUAUGAAGAAUGUAGUGGAGCUGUCGAGUUGACCUCAGGAUAUCCUAAAGGAUAUGCUAAAACAUACAGAGAUUCGGCAAGAAAUGUAUGGCAAAGUUCUGGUUCAAAUAUAGUACAUGCAGAUGAAAACGAAAUCGCUGUCAUCUUUUAUUGUGAUUACCAAAAUUAUCGCCCAAAAAAACUAUUCUAA